CAAUACCACAGUGCAGGUUUCUACUGAACACCUAACCUCUGACCCACUGACUACUGUACCUGUUCAAAAACCAGCUAUGUUCAAUACCACAGUUCGUGUUUCUACUGGACAGCUGUCUACCAGACUCCUAACCUCUGACCCACUGACUACUUUACCUGUUCAAAGCAUUAUCUCAUCGUCUGCACCAACUACCACAGAACAUGCUUCAACUGAAAUGUUAACUACUGGAUACUCAACUAGAGAGGAAGCAACUACUGGUUACUUAUCUACAAGUGCUUCUGCUUCAAACGUCCAAAACAGUCCCUCAACACCAGUACCAACCACAUUCAACACAACAGAACAUAUUUCAACUGAACAGUUAACUACUGAACACCUAACCUCUGACCCACUGACUACUGUACCUGUUCAAAAACCAACUACAUCCAAUACCAUAGAACAUGCUUCAACUGAAAUGUUAGCUACUAGAUACUCAACUAGAGAGAAAGUGACUACUGGUUACUUAUCUGCAAGUGCUUCUACUGUCCCUGUCAAAAACAGUCCCUCAACACCAGUACCAAAUACAUGCAAUACCACAGAACAUGCUUCAACUGAACAGUUAACGACUGAACACCUAACCUCUGACCCACUGACUACUGUACCUGUUCAAAACACCCCCUCAACACCAGUACAAACUACAUUCAACACCACAGAACAUGCUUCAACUGAACACCUAACCUCUGACCCACUGACUACUGUACCUGUUAAAAAACCAACUACAUUCAAUACCACAGUAAAUGUUACUAAACAGUUGACUACUGAACGCCUAACGUCUGACCAAGCGACUAUUGUACCUGUUCAAAGCAAUAUCUCUAUGCCUGUACCAGUUUCAUUGAUUUCCACAGAACAUGUUUCAACUGAACAGUUAGCUAAUGAACACCUAACCUCUGACCCAGCAACUCCUGUACCUGUUCAAAGCAAUAUCUCAAUGCCUGUACCAACUACAUUAACUAGAGAGCAAGCAACUACUGGUUACAUACCUACAAGCGCUACUUUCAAUACCACAGUGCGUGUUUCUACUGGACAGCUGUCUACCAGACUCCUAACCUCUGACCCACUGACUACUGUACCUGUUCAAAUACCAACUACAUCCAAUACCAUAGUGCGUGUUUCUACUGGACAGCUGUCUACCAGACUCCUAACCUCUGACCCACUGACUACUGUACCUGUUCAAAACACGACCUCAACACCUGUACCAACUACAUCCAAUACCACAGUGCAUAUUUCUACUGAACACCUAACCUCUGACCCAGUGACUACUGUACCUGUUCAAAAACCAGCUACGUUCAAUACCACAGUGCGUGUUUCUACUGAACACCUAACCUCUGACCCACUGACUACUGUACCUGUUCAAAAACCAACUACAUCCAAUACCACAGUGCAUGUUUCUACUGGACAGCUGUCUACCAGACUCCUAACCUCUGACCCACUGACUACUAUACCUGUUCAAAACACGACCUCAACACCUGUACCAACUACAUCCAAUACCACAGUGCGUGUUUCUACUGGACAGCUGUCUACCAGACACCUAACUUCUGAUCCACUGACUACUGUACCUGUUCAAAACACGACCUCAACGCCUGUACCAACUACAUCCAAUACCACAGUGCGUGUUUCUACUGGACAGCUGUCUACCAGACUCCUAACCUCUGACCCACUGACUACUUUACCUGUUCAAAGCAUUAUCUCAUCGUCUGCACCAACUACCACAGAACAUGCUUCAACUGAAAUGUUAACUACUGGAUACUCAACUAGAGAGGAAGCAACUACUGGUUACUUAUCUACAAGUGCUUCUGCUUCAAACGUCCAAAACAGUCCCUCAACACCAGUACCAACCACAUUCAACACAACAGAACAUAUUUCAACUGAACAGUUAACUACUGAACACCUAACCUCUGACCCACUGACUACUGUACCUGUUCAAAAACAAACUACAUUCAAUACCACAGUGCGGGUUUCCACUGGACAGCUGUCUACCAGACUCCUAACCUCUGACCCACUGACUACUGUACCUGUUCAAAACACGACCUCAACACCUGUAACAACUACAUCCAAUACCACAGUGCGGGUUUCCACUGGACAGCUGUCUACCAGACUCCUAACCUCUGACCCACUGACUACUGUACCUGUUCAAAACACGACCUCAACGCCUGUACCAACUACAUCCAAUACCACAGUGCGUGUUUCUACUGAACACCUAACCUCUGACCCACUGACUACUGUACCUGUUCAAAACACGACCUCAACGCCUGUACCAAGUACAUUCAAUACCACAGUGCGUGUUUCUACUGAAGAGGCAACUCCUGAACGCUCAACCGCUAACCAAGCCACUACUGCUUACUUACCUGAAACAACUGUACCUGUUGGAAACACUCCCUCAACACCAGUACCAACUAUGUUCAAUACCACAGUGCAUGUUUCUCCUGAACACCUAACCUCUGACCCACUGACUACUGUACCUGUUCAAAAACCAGCUACGUUCAAUACCACAGUGCGUGUUUCUACUGAACGCCUAACCUCUGACCCACUGACUACUGUACCUGUUCCAAAACCAGCUACGUUCAAUACCACAGUGCGUGUUUCUACUGAACGCCUAACCUCUGACCCAGUGACUACUGUACCUGUUCAAAACAGUCCCUCAACGUCUCUACCAACUACAUUCAAUAGAACAGACCAAGUUUCAACUGAACAGUUAACUACUGAACACCUAAAUACAGAAAGUGCACCUACUGUACCUUUUCAAAGCGUUAUCUCAUCGUCUGUACCAACUACCACAGAACAUGCUUCAACUGAAAUGUUAACUACUGAUUUCUCACCUACAAGAGCUUCUAAUGCUAAUGUCCAAAACAUUUCCUCAACGUCUUUACCAAGUACAUUCAAUACCACAGUGCAUGUUUCAACUGAACACCUAACCUCUGACCCAGUGACUACUGUACCUGUUCAAGACAGGACCUCAAUGCCUGUACCAAGUACAUUCAAUACCACAGUGCAUGUUUCUACUGGACACCUAACCUCUGACCCAGUGACUACUGUACCUGUUCAAAACAGGACCUCAACGCCUGUACCAAGUACAUUCAAUACCACAGUGCAUGUUUCAACUGAACACCUAACCUCUGACCCACUGACUACUGUACCUGUUCAAGACAGGACCUCAACGCCUGUACCAAGUACAUUCAAUACCACAGUGCAUGUUUCAACUGGACACCUAACCUCUGACCCACUGACUACUGUACCUGUUCAAGACAGGACCUCAACGCCUGUACCAAGUACAUUCAAUACCACAGUGCAUGUUUCAACUGGACACCUAACCUCUGACCCACUGACUACUGUACCUGUUCAAGACAGGACCUCAACGCCUGUACCAAGUACAUUCAAUACCACAGUGCAUGUUUCAACUGGACACCUAACCUCUGACCCAGUGACUACUGUACCUGUUCAAGACAGGACCUCAACGCCUGUACCAAGUACAUUCAAUACCACAGUGCAUGUUUCAACUGGACACCUAACCUCUGACCCAGUGACUACUGUACCUGUUCAAGACAGUCUGUCAACGUCUUUACCGAGUACAUUCAAUACCACAGUGCGUGUUUCUACUGAACACCUAACCUCUGACCCAGUGACGACUGUACCUGUUCAAGACAGUCCGUCAACGUCUGUACCAAGUACAUUCAAUACCACAGUGCGUGUUUCAACUGAAGAGGCGACUACUAAACACCUUACUACUGAGAAUGUAAAACAUCAAUCAACAACUGAGACUGCAGACACAGAAAUGCAACACAGCAUUACACAAGUGACUACUGAACAUACUUCUGCCCUACAUAUAACCACUUUGGCUGAGACUGCUCCAUACAGUACUACAGAGCCUGUCAGUCUCUCCACUGUUAUGCCAAAUGAAAACAGUCAAGGUUUAAGUCCAGACAACCUGAUAUUGAUCCAUGAGAACAUGACGUGGAACGAGGCCCUGAGCUACUGCAGAGAGCAUCACGUUGACCUGGUCUCGAUCACUACAGAGCUGCUUCAGUACUGGGUGGCAGAGAGGGCUGCCAACGCCACCUCAUCCCACGCCUGGGUGGGCCUGCGCUUCACCUGUUCAUUCCACUUCUGGUUCUGGAUCAGGUCUGAUGCAGGCUGCUACCAGAACUGGGCCCCCGGGCACGGCUCAGACAGCCAGCAGGACUGUGGGAUUGCAGGGGCUGUAGAGACCACCGGGAGGCAGCAAUGGGUUAGUCUGGAGGAGAACCAGAGGCUCAACUUCAUCUGCUACAAAUGUUCUGGGGACAGUGGUGAGGGGUUGAUACAUCCCUGAUUCAGACAACUUUUGUAUUAUGUAUGUUUCUUGUGCAACGUGAAAAAUGUACACUACCGUUCAGAAGUUUGGGGACACUUAGAAAUGUCCUUGUUUUUGAAAGAAAGCACAUUUUUGUCCAUAAAAUAACAUCAAGUUGAUCAGAAACAUAGUGUAGAUAUUGUUAAUGUUGUAAAUAACUAUUAUAGAUGGAAAUGGCAGAUUUUUUUAAUGGAAUAUCUACAUAGGCGUACAGAGGCCCAUUAUCAGCAACCAUCACUCCUGUGUUCCAAUGGCACGUUGUGUUAGCUAAACCAAGUUUAUCAUUUUGAAAGGCUAAUUGAUCAUUAGAAAACUCUUUUGCAACUAUGUUAGAACUACUGAAAAGUGUUGUUCUGAUUAAAGAAGCAAUAAAACAAGGAUAGACAGCUGUAUGGGUAUGGUUCUGUAUGUUUUAGUGUGUUAUUGUUUGACACUCCAUUUUAGGAAGAAGAGUUUGCAUUACAUGCUUGCUGCUGCACUGUCUGCCACAACUGCUACAUUGACACAGCAGUAGAUUGUAUAUUAAA